GAAGUUAGAAUGGAGACGAGUUAUUUUGCAAUCCUUUCACUGACAAUCGUAUUCGCUUGUUUGGCGUCAGGUGCAAGUUAUUUGGUGGAUGACAGUGGCGGACUUGGACCUCGAUUCGAUGGUAUCGGAGGAUUGAGCGGUGGAGGGGCCACUUCAAGACUUCUUGUGAGCUAUCCAGAUCCAGAGAGAAGUCAGAUAUUGGAUUAUCUUUUUUCGCCAAACUUUGGUGCAUCCUUGCAUAUGUUAAAGGUCGAGAUAGGAGGAGAUGCUCAGAGCACCGAAGGUACGGAACCUUCUCAUAUGCACUCACCUGAUGAUGAAAACUACCAAAGAGGAUAUGAAUGGUGGCUCAUGAAGGAGGCAAAGAAGCGGAAUCCAGAUAUCAAACUGUAUGCCCUGCCAUGGGGCUGGCCAGGAUGGGUGGGAAAUUACACCAACAAUCCUUACACAGACAUUAAACAAACUAUCAGAUAUAUCAUAAAGUGGCUCCAGGGGGCAAAGAGUGAACAUGGAUUGACCAUAGAUUACCUAGGGAUAUGGAAUGAAAGAACGUACAACAAAGAUUAUAUAAAGCAGUUACGCCAAAUGCUAGACUCCAGUGGCAUGAUGGGAACUCGGAUAGUCGCUGCUGAUGGAGGGUCGGCUAUCAGUCGAGAUGUCCUUCAUGAUAUAGAUCUUGCCAAAGCUAUUCAGGUCUUAGGAUUUCAUUACCCUGGUACAUAUGUGACUAACUACACUACAGAAACAAGAAAGACCCUUUGGUCCAGUGAAGACUACAGUACAAAAAAUGACAAUGUAGGAGCAGGAUGCUGGGCAAGGAUAUUAAAUCAGAACUAUGUGAAUGGAAAUAUGACGAGUACAAUAUCAUGGAACCUGAUUGCCAGCUAUUAUGGAACUUUACCAUACGGUCGUUGUGGGUUAAUGACCGCUGAAGAGCCGUGGUCUGGUAACUAUGAGGUGGACGGUCCUAUCUGGAUUACUGCCCAUACCACUCAGUUUUCUUCACCGGGCUGGAAGUAUUACUUACGGGGAUCAGGAUCAGGCCACCUAAAGCAAGGAGGGAGCUAUGUUAGUCUUACUGAUAGCAAUAACCUCACAAUCAUCAUAGAAACAAUGACUCAUGAUCAUUCAAUAUGUAUUCGGCCCCCCUUGCCACCUUACACUGUACAAAGACAGACUGCUACCUUCACCUUGAAAGGCAUGUUUGCUUCUAUAAAGUCUCUUAAUGUGUUCUACUCAAAGCCUGGCUAUGGAGGAAAUUCUUCAGUAUAUUUUUCAAAGAAAAGCCCUAUACAGGUUAUGAAUGGUCAGUUUAAUAUAACCCUUGACCCUGAUGAAAUCUACACGCUGACAACCCUGACCAAUGGAAUGAAAGGAAAAUACCCUGACCCUCCCCCAUCAAAGCCCUUUCCCACCAAAUACACUGAUAAUUUUGAUGAGUAUCCAGUGUACAGCGAGGCCAACUUUUUCACAGACCAAGCUGGGUGCUUUGAAAUCCGAGAUUCUGGGAACAUCAGUCACAACAAUGUAAUGCAACAAGUAGCAACCUCAUUUCCAGUGAGUUGGUGCCCCGAGGCCCAUCACCCGAUCUCAGUGAUUGGAAAUCACACAUGGCGUGAUGUUAGCUUCAGCAUUGAUGUAAAUGUACCAUCUUUAUCUGGUGCUAUCCUUGCUGUCCGUGUGGAUGUUGGUGGGUGUAAGACCACUGGAUCAGAGGGAAUCUUCUUCUGGAUCGGUGGUAGUGGCAAAUAUAAUGUUACCUCUGAUAUGGAAGGUAGAAGUGUUGUGAAGACCGGUACAGCACCGACAAUUGGAAACACUUGGGCCAAAGUUCAGCUAACUGUCAUCGGUGGAGAAGCUAAAGGCUCAAUUAAUGGAGUUCAAGUAUUUGACUGGGACGACAUUCCAGCAGUACUGCCACAUCAUGGAUGGAUUGCUAUAGGAACAUCCGACUAUUCUCCAGUUCAAUUUGAUAACUUUGCCAUUAAUUCUGCUUCUUGAUAUGAAAGAAAGAUAGGAAUAUCAAACUAUUCUGAAGUUUCAAUUUGAUAUUAAACUUUGUCAUUCAUUCUGGCUUUAAAUAUGAAAUAUGACGUGAGAUCUCUGUGCAAAGAUAUACUAAAGACUUAGCUCCUGCAUGUGUGAAUGAGGAAAAUUGAUAGUGUCAUUGGCCCGUAUUCUGAACUUGGGGUUUAAAUCAAACCUUUGUUUAAAGUUGUGGUUUAACUAUGGAAAGCCAAUUUGGGCACAAAUCCUUAACAAUUAAAAUCCACUUUUUUAACUCAUUUGACACUCAAAUUGAUAAUUGUCUAGGAAUAAUUUCUUCAUUAUGAAAGCAAAAGGAAACAAGAUAGGAAACAAGAAAUAUACAAUAUAAAAAGAAUUUUUGAAAUUUUAGCUCCCCAUGAUUUAAGCAGAGUUAGACCGCGGUCUAAGUGAAACCUGACUUCAGAAUACGGGCCAUUGUCUCUGGACAUGUUAUUGAUGUCAUUGUGUACAUGUACCUGACAAUGAUGUGUUCUAUUGAGAACAAUUUUAAGAAAAGUUGUAUAUCAUGAAUCUUAAUAAAAGGUUGGAGGCCAUAGUGGUCAAUCAUAAGAAGGCAUAAGCAAAUUUGUGUCUUGCCCACUUAUGAAAAUAACCAGAAAUAUAGUGAUUUGCGAGGGCACCCAACAGAAUUGUAUCAAAAUUUCAUUGUG